AUGGUGUGGGUGACGGUGAGUGAGGAAAAUGAGGAAAACAUGAAUGAUCUCUCAAAGAAACCCGAGUCACCUGGUGAAGUUGACGCCCUGAAGAUGAGAAACGUCUGCGCCGGCCUCACGUUCAGACCCCCGGAGUGUUCCAAAGAAGCCCCACGAGUACUCUCCCAGCCCUAUUUAAACCUCACUCCACCCAAGCCCAUGAGAGCCCAACAGCACCCCAGUAUUCCGCGUUCAACCCCAGGAGCGUUCCCAAAAAAGCCCAUCCUCCCAGGAAUUCCCCAGACACUCCAGCCCCACGGAGCGUUCCCCAAAAAGCCCAAUGAGUACUUUCCCCAGCCCCAGACUCUUCCCCAGCCCUUCCCAGCCCACCAAAGCCCCGAGAGUUAUUUCCCCAGCCCUAAACUCUGCCCCAGCCCUCCCCAGCCCACCAAAGCCCUGUCAGUGAUUCCUAAAGCCCCAAACUCUGCCCCAGUCCUCCCCGGAAUUCCUCAGACCCUCCAGCACCAGUAUUUCGCCUUCAACCCCCUGGAGCGCUCCCAAAAAACCCCAAUGAUCACUUUCCCCAGCCCCAAACUCUUCCCCAGGCCUCCCUGGCCCACCAAAGCCCCAUGA